AUGGGGUUUUUGUAUGGAGAGCUACAAAAAGCAAAGAUGGAGAUUAAAGAGACAUUCAAGAACAAUGAGGCCAACUAUCAACCAAUUCUUCAAAUUAUUGAUGAAAAAGCUCGUAAGCGGCUUGAUAGUCCAUUGCAUUUGGCGGGCUACCUCUUGAACCCUUAUUAUUUCUUAAAAAAUCAAAGCAUACAACAUGAUCCAAUUAUCAUGGAGGGGAUUUUUACUUGUGUUGAGAAGUUCUUCCCCAAUAACUAUGAGGUUCAAAACCAAGUGAUAAAUGUUGAGAUGCAUAAGUAUAGAGUAAAAGAAGGUGGAUUUGGAAGACAUUUGGCCAAACUUGGAUGCGCUGAGAAUGAUGAAAACUAUAAUCCGGUUGCAUGGUGGUAUAAUUAUGGAAAUGGUGUGCCUAAUUUGCAAAGGAUGGCUAUAAAGAUACUCUCAUUGACUACAAGUUCAUCCGGUUGUGAAAGAAAUUGGAGUUCUUUUGAAGGUAUACAUACAAAGAAAAGGAAUAGACUAGAUACAACAAGGUUAAAUAAUUUAGUCUAUGUCCAAUUUAAUGCAAGGAUUAUGAACAAGAAUAAAAGAGAGAAAGAGAAGAAGGUGGACAUAUUACUUGCAAGUGAAGCUAGUAUGGCUCAAGGAUGGAUUGUGGAGGGUGGUGAUGAAGAGCUUGAGCUUGGCUCGGGAAUUGGAGAGACAUCGGAGGUAGGUAGUUCCCUAGAGCCUAGGGGGAGUUCUAAAAAUGUUGAAGUAAGAGAACUUCAUGAAGAAGAUUUUAUAUCAGAUGAGGACACGGAAGAAGAAGGAGAUGAUGAGGAAAUUGAGUUCGAGUCCGACACGGAGAGAGUCUUGGAGGAUAUGGUGAAGAAGAGUUUGAUGCCUAGUAACCUUCAUAGCUCAAUUUUCUUUUAUGUCAGUGUCUGCAUGUGUAGCAUUCGAACAUUUGACUCGUUGUUAAUUCUAUGA